AUGACAAUUACCUUGAGGUGUGGUAAGAAGCUGAAUGAUAGGCUUCCGAAGAUGAAUUCGAAGGUACAUGUAGAGUUAGUUCCACAACAGGUUGCAGGCAGAGAUGUUGAUAAUUUGAGAAAGUAUGAGUACCCAAAAGCAAAGGUUACUGAGCAAGUGCAGGAAAGACCACCACCACCAUUCCUGCAGGGGCUAAAAAGGCCAAAGAGGAUGCUUGUUUUAAGAAUUUCUUUGACACAAAAUUCGAAGUACGCUAUGUACUUGAAGAAUGUGAUGACUAAUAAAACUAAACUGCAGGACAUUGAGAUGUUGGUACUUACCAAGGAGUACAACUCUGUGGUAAUGAAAAAGAUUCCCAAAAAGCUUAAGGACCUAGGGAGUUUCACCCUCCCCAUAAAAAUUGGUGAUAAUGGUGUAUUUCAUACUCUGAGUGAUUUGGAGAUAAGUGUAAACUUGAUGCCUCUAUCAGUGUUCAACACUCUUGGGUUGGAGAAGUCAAAACUAUGCUCUGUGGUGAUUCAGAUAGCAGACAAAACCCAAGUUCAUCCCAAAGAAAUUAUUGAGGAUGUGCUCAUAAAGGUUGGUAAGUUUAUCAUCCCUGCUAAAUUUAUUGUUCUUGACUAUGAUGCAGAUGAUUGGGUGAUAAUAAUUUAA